CCGCACGAAGGCCCCCGCGGCUUGCUCAUGCGCGGUGGGGGUGACUUUGAGGCCGGGCAGCCGCCGCUAUGCUGUCUAAGGUGCUGGGGCCGCGCUACGCCCAGCUCCUGCAGACCUGGACUCCCACCCUCAUGACGUGGGGCAGCGUGGCUGGUAUCGGUGUAAUAUGGGGCACAGACUGGAAGCUGGUCCUUCAAUAUGUUCCCUACAUCGGUGGCAAGUAUAAAACUGAAGACUAAGCUUCUCUCUAAUGGAAAUGCAUUGCUGGAUAGCGUUCUGGAGCCGUCCAUCCGCUGAGACCCUCCCUCCACUGAACUCAGAAUGCCCAGUAAAGAUUCUGCAACAGGUCCUGGUGUCCUCUCCCUGGAGCACUUCUG